GGCAACAGUACAAAGAUGCCCUGGCAAAAUUGGUUGCAGCUCGACAGAACAACUUUGGUUAUGGAUCUGAAGCACCGGGUCCUCAUAAAGUCAGUAGCGUUCCUUUACCAUCAAAAUUGGGAAAGGAUGAAGAAUUUGUUUAUUCGUACUUUCUUGAAAUAUUCAAGGAACAAGGAUACAUGUCUAUUUAUAAAUUACAAGAGCACUGGGAAGCUAGUAAAGAACUUUUACCUGUUUUAAAGCCUGCUUUAAUUACUCACACAGAUCUGGUGAAAUUUCUCUUAGACACCGAUGGUUUUGCUGUAGUGCAAGACAUGAUUGGAAUAACAUCAGAGUUACCAAAUAUUUCUGCAAUUGUAGAAGCUAAAGCCGAAGUUCCUCAGCCAAUAGUUUACGGAUGGACGCCAUCUCCAGCUACUGUUGUUGAGGCUAGCAAGACUAUGUCCUUUACAGCUGCUGUAGAUACUACUGAAAUGGCCCCCGAAGAAAUAACAUAUGUAGAGAGUAAAAUUCCCGCUUAUAAUGUUCCUGGAGAAAGUGUUUAUGAAGAGAAAGCCAUUCCCUUAGAAAAAGAGGUCGAAACUUUUAUAAACGUGAAUUCUAAUGCUUCAUGCACCUCAGAAGAAAAUUCCAGAGGAGAUGCCAGUAGUCCUUGUGGCAUUGAUGGCCUUACUGAUGAAACAUCAAUUAUUAAAUCAGACUCUGGGUCGUGUAGCAAUAGAUUAUACAUUGACUCACAAGAAACUGAAGACCCAGUUUCAAACGUUAUUGAGGAUAGCACUCAAAAAUCAGAUGAACCUAUUGUUAUUUCUACUAAUAGCAUACGAGUGUGUGGUGAAAUAAGUAAAAAAGAUGAAGCUGAAGCACAUGAGCAUUGUCAAAAUGAAACGAGUUAUCAAAAUUCCAUGGUUAUUAAUGCCCAUUCACCUGAAGAUGAAGCUUUUAAGGCGGAAAAUGAUAAUGAAAAAGUUACCUCUGCUAGGGAUUCAGACAAUUUAGAGCCACAUUCUUCGGAGAUUUUGCAUUCCAAUCAGAAUGGUAAUGCCCUUCAUGCAGAAAAUGAAACCAAGGAAACAGAUGAGAAUCAGAAUCUUCAAGAAGAGAACAUACAACCUAGGGCAACUUGGAAGCCCCGUGCUAAACUCCUCGAUUGGGCCUGUAAAACUUUUCCAAAUCAUUCACAGGCCAAGCUUUGGGAAGCACUCACUGUUGUUCGAGCUCAAAACAACUACACUCUCUCUGGUUUAUUGCUUUCUGUAAUAGAAGAUAGAGUUUCAGUAGUUCUUCUGCAGGAAAAUGAGUUUUGAACAACAUUUUUAUUACGUAAAUGACUUAAUCAUGAGGAUAUACUCAAUUCAUUUUUGACAAAAGAGAAUUGAUAGUAGUGUCCUCUUUGUGACUCUAUUACACAUGGGAAUCAUUUGUGGUGAAUGAUUGGGUACAUACCAGUAUAUUUUGAGAUACAUUUUUCUUUGUUUCCUGUGCAUUUUGUGAAGGGUAUUUUUUUGUAUAAAUCAAGACUAAAUUCCUUUUUGGAGAUUUUUAAAUUAGAUUUUGAUUGCUAUCUGACAUAAGUUGUUUUUUUUUUCUUUAACUGAUCUGCUUGAAAUGCUUGACUAUUCUGAAUAAUAAGAAUCUUUAAUCUUCAUUAAUUGUGUUUGGAAUUAAAUGACAUACAAAGUAGAGGA